AUGAUUUCUCCCUCGGGAUACGAACCCCUUUCGUCGGAAAACGAAAAGCAACUCGAAAGUACCGAACUCUCCGAAGUAACGACUAAAGAAAAUGAGAACGAAGAACGAAGAAAAAUGCUAGAAUCGGGAAGAAAAGAAGCGAUUUUACAUGAACCCGAAGUUUCGAUGAUUCAGCGCGAGAGCAUGUGUUCAAUCGCUUCAGAAAUGUUCAUCCCGUUCUUCUUCGCUGGCGUGGGAAUGGUCCUCGCAGGACUAGAACUCGACAAAGUCCAGCACUGGACCAGCUUUCAAGAAGUUAACGGACUCUACAUUCUCGUUCCUCCGCUGCUUGGACUCAAGGGAAAUAUUGAAAUGACGCUGGCUUCGCGGCUUUCUACUGCAGCGAAUUUGAAGAUUCUGGAUCAGUGGGAUUCGCUAAAGAAGAUUGUCUUUGGGAACUUGGCGCUUUGUCAGUGUCAGUUACGGCGUUCAAACUCGAUGAAAUAA